UUGCAGUAUUUUUUUUCUGAUUUUGCAGUUGCAUUCUCCUAUAGAGAUGGACAGCAUUAUUGAAGGAAACCAACAUUUGCAAGACAUCGAGACCCUCGUUCAACAAGGGGAGUACACCGCCGCUUUAUUGGCAAUGAAGGAGGACGUGGAGUCCACAUCUAACAAAAUACUGUACAAUUUUUACAACAAAACCUGCAUGACCUUGGAUAGUUCCAACCCGACAGACAAAGUCAUCUUAAAAUCAUUGGCAUACCAGGCAUUGGGUGUGGUUUAUAGUGAAACCCUAAAGCACAGAGAGAAGGCAAAGGCAUUGCCUUUUUACAUAACAGCAAAGGAUAGCCUGGGGGAAGGCGGGGAGCGACAAGCGAAACUUCUGUUAAAAAAUGAUAAUGUGACAGACGCUUUAAUGAACCUUUUCGAGACCAUUGCCUGGUGUUACAGUGUGAAAUACGACUUCAAAAACCAACAUGAUUAUCUGAAAGGGGCUUUAAACAUAGCAGAGAUAAGGGGAUUGAAAGAAAAAGCAGCAUGCUUGCUUAUGCAGUUGGGUCGCUCUUGCAUCGAUUGGAAGGUCUUUUUGAGAGCGUCUGACUAUAUAUACAAAGCCAACGCUUUGGCCGAACAACUUGACAGGAAAGACAUUGUUGCAACGUGUUUGCUCUUAAUGCAAGAUGUCCGUGUUUCAGAUCCAUACAACUAUGCGGAUUGGGAGGUGCUGGAGAAAGCGCUGCAAAUAGCCCAAGGCCUGGGGGACAAGUUCUUGCUAGCCAAAACUCAUAUUUAUAUGGCCAAUCAUCGCCGUUAUGUCGACUCAUUCCAGAUUUCUUUUGAUCACGCCACCCAAGCGUUAAAAAUCGCGGAAUCCCUCGAUGAAAAUGACUACGAUUCUCAAGAAAUACUGAGUUUGUGUCUGACUUGCAUGAGCAAAACUUACAUACUGAUUGGAAACAAUGAAAGGGCACUGCGUUUUCUUGAACAAAACCGACGCGUUUUGCAGAACUUAGGAGACCGCGUUCGUCUUGGUGAUGUGAAAAUGGAAAUAGCUUACUUUACACUUAAGGAGGCACGUUCUAAAUCCGAAAGUGACCCUCUAUUAUUUCAGCAAGCUGUAAAAUGCUGCGAAGACGCAAUAGAUAUUGCUGAUGAAAUAAAAGACAAGGACCGUUUAUGCAAAACAAAAUACACAUAUGCUCUUCUUCAGAACGCCAGUUCGCAUUUUAAACGGACGAUUAAAUUGGCCCGGGAGGCUAAAAACCUGCUUAUUGAGUGUUUAUGUCAUCAACGAAUUGUGAGGAUUUGCACGAAGCAUGGGAGAUUUCUUGAGGCUCAAAGACACGCUUCGGCAUGUCGGGAGAUGGCUCAUGACUUAAGUACAGAACUGGAACAAAUUUACUUCACCCUGCAGGGCUCCUUGUACAAGGAGCAAGGUUUGCUAGAGAAAGCCAGUGGAGAAUACGGAAAGGCAAUUAUAGUGGCAUCUCAUGUUCGAGAAAGAAAGUUGAAUGACGAUGACAACAAAAUAGAAUACUUCGAGUCGGCGAUAGAGUGCUUCACUGGUCAACAGGAAAUUUAUAUACAGCAACAAAAAUACACCGAGGCUCUGUCAGUGGCUGAGCAAUGUCGAGCCCGGUCAAUGCUAGAUAUCAUGUACGCCAGACGUCCUAAGACAGAUAUCACAAAUCAUAUAAGAGGUCCAGAAGCAAUCCACCGGGUUGUAAACACUGCCAACGUACCCGUGGUGGUAUUUGCCUUAAUCAACGACAAACUAUUCGCCUGGGUCAUCCGACCGCAGCAAGAUGACGUCACGUUUCUUGACUAUGACGUCACGUGCCCGGACACUAAGGUCACGGGGCUCUUAAGUGAGCUGUCCGUGCUGCGGUCACUCUCUCCACCAUCCCCAGCUGGGAUUCAGACCAUCCCUAGUGUAAACUGGAGAAUGGGCGGUUGGAAAGGUCGUACUCGAAAUAACUUGGACAGCGUGCUCGAUUCUUCUAGCACCCAUGACGUCACUCUUAUGUCCAAAGGCAAUGGUUUGAAGAAAGUGUUUCAAAGGUGGUAUGACGGCAUCCUUGUUCCCGUGUUAAAUGUGCUGAAAAAAGAUGGCGGUCGAUACAGCAACAUCGUCAUCAUACCCGACCUUCAGCUGCAUUUGGUGCCUUUCCCAGCUCUCCUCAUCAAUGAUUACUGCGCCACCGUUAUGCCAUCGUUGGAGAUUUUAGCCCACUCCCUUCGAGAAGACUCAUCUUCUAGUGAAGAGAACACACAGCCCAGGGCACUAGUUGUGGGUAAUCCUUCUGGCCCAGAAAUCGACAUUUGCGGACAAAAAUGGACACCGUGCAAGUUACCAGGUGCCGAAGAUGAAGCGAUUCUUAUCGCGGGAAUGUUAGGCACGGAACCUCUUCUCCGAGACCGCGCACGACUUAGCGUUGUAAAAAAGGAACUACCUCGUGCUGACGUCAUCCACGUGGCCUGUCAUGGCAGCUGGUCAGAGACAGCCUUGGUUUUGUCUCCCGACGGGUCGCCAGAAGACGGGACCUUAUCCAGCAAAGAUGUCUACUUGACUGCAGAGGAGGUGAUGGAGAUGAAACUACGAGCUAAAAUUGUUGUUCUCAGUGCCUGCCACAGCGGAAGUGGGGAGAUAAAAAACGAGGGCGUGGUAGGACUGUCCAGGGCAUUUCUAGUAGCAGGAGCCAAGGCGGUGGUAGUGGCACUAUGGCAACUGCCGGACCAGGCGACCAAAGCCUUUAUGACCAGCUUUUAUCAAGAUCUUAUCGCGAGAAAAACAGUCAGCCGCGCACUCAGGAAUGCCAUGCAAACCAUGCAAGAUCGGCCUCGCACCGAAUGGGCGUCUUUCACAAUAGUUGGUCGUGACGUCAGUCUGUGAUUGUAAUUUUAUUGACGUCAAAAACGGACACGUCACACAGACUGAUUCAUAUUCAAAGAAAUAAACCAAGAGGAAACUGUAUUGUGACGUGUGUAAAACAUCAUAUUUUGUUACUGGCUGCAAUUCAAUAUACAUGUUUAUAGUUUAAUACCGUUAUAAGCUUUCCCUUUUACGAACUUCUUAUUCGACCUAAUAGGAUCUAAUAGGCACCCUGAAACGAAACGAACUGAUGACUAAAGAAACGCCAAAUUAAAUUCUUAAUGUCAAUCAGUGCUACACUCCCCUCAAUCAUCAUUAACUAUCAAAUAUAAUUAGUUGGGAACC